AUGGGCUUCACUCAUCUUCAGUCUGACAGAAGCAUUUAUGUGUACAUCAGGGGAGAUGUGCGCAUUAUUGUCCCAGUCUUCAUAGAUGAUAUGACACUUGCUUCAAAGUCUAGGAAGGCACUUGAUGACACUGUCAAGGAGUUAAAGUCAUAUUUUAAACUCCGAGACCUUGGAUCUACCCAGUUUCUGCUGGGCAUAGACAUCAAAAGAGACCGCGCAAAGCACACCAUUUCACUCUCACAGCGCCAGUAUAUAGUGGACAUGCUGGAGUGUUAUGGUCUCUCUGACUGCAAGUCUGUCAGCACUCCUAUGGAUCCUGGAGCAGAGCUUUCCAAGGCCCUUGCACCUCAGACACAAGAAGAGACAGAAUAUAUGCGCAAAGUGCCUUAUCUCAGUGCUGUAGGGGCACUGAUGUAUUUGGCCAUCACCACUCGCCCAGACAUCAUGUUUGCCAUUAGUUGUCUUGCACGUUUUAAUGCCAAUCCUGGUCCUACACAUUGGAUUGCUGUGAAGCAUGUCUUCUGCUAUCUGAAGGGCACAAUGGACUUAAGGCUGCACUAUGGUCCCAGUGAUGUAAAGGAGUUCUUCCUAACCUACACAGACUCAGACUUUGGUGGUGAGAGGGAUAACUGUCGCUCUACUGGUGGUUACCUUGAAAAAGUGGGCACAGGUGCUAUCAGCUGGAGUAGCAAGCUUCAGUCCCUUAUUGCCCAAUCCACCACAGAAGCUGAGUACAUUGCUGCAGUUGAAGCAGGAAAGGAAAUCCUCUGGAUGCGUAAUCUUCUCACAGAACUGGGGUAUACAGUUUCUAAAGCCUCUACACUUUACACGGACAAUCAGUCUGCAAUCAGUGUCUCUAAAAAUCCAGAACAUCAUGGCAGAAUGAAGCAUUUGGAUCUGUGCUUCUUCUGGCUUCGAGACACUGUGGAGGCAGGUCGAAUUGCACCAGUAUAUAUUCCUACUGCUGAGAUGAUAGCGGACAUUUUAACAAAGCCCUUGCCCAUGGCAAAGAUUAUCUACUGCCGUGAGAUGAUGGGCUUGAAGAUCUAA